AUGCCUCUGAACCCUGCCACCGACUUCGACCCAUCAGCUUCACACACACUCGCACACGAAGCCGACCCUUUCCCUGCAGCAUCCUCGACGCUGGCCGACCACGCCCAUCCCCUUCAACCCGUACAGGAAGUUGCUUCGAGCUCGCUCGUCGACAGCGUAUCGUCUCCGCACGCCGCGCUACUCGACUCUCUCAAGCAUUCCUCCCAUCCGAGCUCCGGCAUCAGCUUCACCACCUCGGCCUUGCAGCGUGCUGGCUUGCUUCCCAUCACCUCGGCCAUGACCACCGCCGUUCCUUCGGGUGCCUCAGCGGCUUCCGAGACCCUGCAGAGGGUUAUGGGUCAGAGCGUUGCUGCCACGAACGGUGCUUCCACUCCUACUCAGGCCGGUCCUUUGACACCCGCGCAGCUCAAGAACAUGACACCGGCACAGGCCAACGCUGCACUCCAGAACCCUGUCGGCAACGUCCCCACCGUCUACCUCGCCACCUACUCCAAUGUGCCCGUCUACGAGAUCACCGUUCGAGGCAUCGCUGUCAUGCGUCGGCGUGGCGACGGCUGGCUCAAUGCCACCCAGAUCCUCAAGAUCGCCGGCAUCGAAAAGACCCGACGAACAAAGAUCCUCGAAAAGAGCAUCCUCACUGGCGAGCACGAAAAGAUUCAAGGAGGCUACGGCAAGUUUCAGGGUACAUGGAUCCCUCUGCAACGUGCACAAGAGGUCGCGGCCGAGUACAACGUCUCGCACCUCCUCCAGCCCAUCCUCGAGUUUGAUCCCGCCACAGCCGACCAGAUCCCCAAGCUCUACCAGCGCAAGAAACCUGCUUCGUCCGCUCGCAACUCUUCAGCUUCCGCCAUCAACGAUGGCAGGGGCUCCACUCCGUCCAAACAUUACUCGCCAGCUCCAUCCAGCAUCGGUGGUCCCAGUCAGCAGCCCCGCUUCCUCUCGCUUCGCCCACCCAAGGAUGCACAGCAGCGAGAUAUGUCUCCGGCGCUCUUUAUGCCACCUGGUGCCAGUAGCCUUCUCACCAACGGUGCUUUCGUCGGCGACGCCGCAUCAGCCGGUCCUCACGCGAUCCCACCUGGCUCAACUCAGGCAGAGCAGGAGGCGCUGCGUAGCUACAAUGUGUACGGCUACACUCCACAGGGUGUGCCUCUUCCUUCUUCAGUCGCUGCCGACGUCAAUGGCGCCGCCUCUAGUGACGCUGCCUCCAUCCUGGGUGACAAGCGCGCCGCUGACGAGGCUGAUCGGGUCGAGACUUCCGCUGCCAAGCGUUCGCGACUCACCAGCCCUCAGCAGCAAGGUCGAGAUUCGGGUCUGUUGCUCGGCCCUUCGCCUGUCAAGGACCUCAAUGCCCUGGGCCCCGCCGGUGGAUCUCUGCGUGCGGCUGCAGCGCCUCGAGGCCACCGCAUGGCAGUCGGUCCUCCCGAUGCAGCCGGUCGGGAUGGCACCGUUGCACGCUACGCCGACCGAGCGCUUCCACCGAAACCGUAUGAUGAAGGCGAAAAGCGAAUGCGCGACCGUCUCGUUAGUCUGUUUUCGGACGACGGCGUCCUCCAGGGCGUCGGCGAGGCUGCCGGUGCAGCAGCCGCACAGUCUGCUACUGGCGCGUCUGCGGCAGACGAGGACGACGAGGCAUAUGUCGCCAAACUCGACGGCUUGUUGGCUGAUUUGAGGGAAAAGGCGAGCCUUGGUGGUCUCGGCGCCAGCGGCUCGGAAGGUCCCAAAGCCACCGUCGAUCUCAUCACGGACGACCAUGGUCACACCGCGUUGCAUUGGGCCUCUGCUUUGUGUCGUCUCAAGCUUGUGCGAACGCUGGUGGCCCGGCCUCCAUGGCAGGGCGGUGCCAACGUCCAUGCUGGCAACCACGCCGGCGAGACGGCCCUCCACCGUUCAGUGCUCGUUACCAACUCGUACGACGCAUCGUCGUUCCCGACGCUGCUCAACCUGCUCUCGUCCUCGCUCAACACGCGCGACUUUAAGAAGCGUACCGUCCUGCAUCACAUUUCCCUCGUCGCUGCAUUGAAGGGUCGAGCUGCAUCGGCGAGAUACUAUCUCGCCUGUGUGCUCGAACACAUCAGCGCCGAAAAGAGUUCCAAGUACAAGGGCCUCGUCGAUGCACAAGACGAAGAUGGCGAGACGGCGCUGGGCAUCGUCGCACGCCUCGGCAAUGCUAGUAUGGUGCGCAUGCUGCUCGACGUCGGCGCUCGCAAAGACCUGCCGAAUGCUCUUGGCAUCCGUCCGUCCGACUGGGGCAUCGAGUCGAGCGGCGACGCUGCCUCGCAAACGCCCUCGCAGACCGAUGCAGCAAGCACCGUAUCGUCGUUGCCGCCGUUGACAGCGGCCGACCUUGCUUCGCAGAACCCAUCCGACAUCAUCUCUGCACUGACGCGCCCGGCGCAGGUUCCGGUGAUGAAGAGCUCGGACGUCCGCGAUCAGCUCAGCUCGACGCUCGACGACCUUCAGUCGACCUUCGAGCGCGAGCUCAAGGAGAAGCAAGAUGCCAUCUCGACGGUCCAGAGUCACUUGCAGGCCGCCACCAGAGACCUGGCUGCUCGUCGCAAAACCGUCUCGGCAGCACAAGCAAAGCUCGCCGAGAAGGACGAGGCUCGUCAGCGUGCGCAAAAUCUGCGUCGUGCUAUUGUUGCGCAGCUCGGUCUGGACGAUGCUGACGCAACAGCGAAAGUGGAGCAGCUCGAGCAAGAGGCGACUGGUGUUUCGUCGAGCCGAUCCGCGGACGCGAUGGACGUUGAUGGUGCUGAAGAUGUCAAGCCUGUCCUCAACACUGGUCCUGAGUCGCUCAUCGAGGAUAUUCUGUCAUCCAACACGAUCGAGUCUGAUCUCAAGGUCCUGGGUGCCGCUUCUACCACCGCUGCUAUAGUCGAGCAAGAGGAGCUGGUCCGUCUUCGAUGGCUGCUUUCCUUCUACGAAUCCAGCUGCAACGAUCUCUCAACCACCAUUUCGGAGCUGGAAGACUCGAGCGCAAAGAAAGAGUCUCAGUGUCAGCAAGUGGUCGCCAUCUGCGCCAACAUCCCUCAGGACAAAGUGGAAGCCAUGCUGGACGACCUGCUCACCGCGAUGGAAAGCGAUGGUCCCGAUGUGGAUCUGGCCAGGGUGGCCAACUUUAUGCAGAAGGUCGGCAAGAGCGGCGAGAAUGGCGAUCAGGCAGGGGCACAGCUAAGCUCGUCCACGAGUCUCAGCACCACUGUAUCGAGUGCCGAGACCGCCGCGAGCAGCGUCGUCCCAGCGGCGGAAGAGGGUGAGAAUGCAAAGUCUACGUAG